CAGUGGGCACCUCCUUGACUUGGACAGCCCAGGGCCUCACGCUCUGGACGGUGGCCCUGGGUCCUCCUGUGACCUCUUCCAAGAGCACAGACUGUGUGUCCACAGAGGCCUGGGACCAGGCCGGGCAGGUGCACGCAGGACCUGCUCCCUGUGCCCUGGACAGAACGCAGCACAAAACGGGGGCGUCUUGUCAAGUGUUCCCUCCCAGGAAAUGAGUGAAAGCCACGCUGGGCAGCAUCUAGGACGGGUGGCAUCCAACUCAGAAGAGCUGAAGGUGUUCUGGGAGAAGCGAAUCCAGCGCCACACCCAGCAGCUGCAGAGUGAGGACGAGCGCAUGCGCAGGAGCGCCCUGGACAGGCUCCGUGGAGAAUGGGCUCAGAAGCUGGAGAUGAGGCACAGGACACUGCAGACACCCCCGGAGGCCACCCCACGGCUGUCCUGAGACGAUGGCAGCCUCAGUCCUGCGUGGAGUGGAAGCACACAACCGGCCCCCCAUUUCCUGAGAAGGAACACCCCAGGGAGGACUGCCUGUGGUGCCACCCCCAGAGCCACUGCGCCCGCAGCCGAGCUUCGCGGGGGUCCUCACCCCCGCCCUGUCCUGGCUGCCCUGCAGCCCAUGGGGGUGAUUUCCCAGCACACUGUGGGCCCGAUACACCUGAGGUCAUCGGACCACGUGUUCCUGCAAAAGUCUUCACCUCUUAAAAGCUGACCCAGGCUCAGUCGGUGUGGCUCAGUGGCUGAGCAUCGACCCUGCACCAAGAGGUC